AUGAUAGCUACUCGAGAGCACAUGCAAAAGCAACUUGGGUGUAAUGAGACCGAGGAUAUCUUUGACCCCGAAGUUCACCUUAACUAUGCCCCUCCUGCCACCCUGCUCACCAUGGAAGACCUAGGCUUGAAAGGCUCGAAAACAUCAACUCCAAUAGCAGGAAGUGCUCCCUUCCCAUUCCUUUCCGAGGCAGGGGUGCAUGCGUAUCGACGAUGUCUGAUGAAGCCUCAUAUCCUACAAGACUGUGCGAAGUCAUAUGGCGCUGGGACAUUUAUUCUUCGGAAUUUAGCCCAACAUUCCAAAUUCAUCUCUGACCUCUGGACGCAUCCGGAGACAAUGAGAAUUGUGUCUGAAGUUGCUGGCGUGCCACUGACUAUAAUUAUGCCAAUCGAAAUUGGCCACACAAAUAUCCAAACUGCUGGCUGUACAGUGGAUGAUCUGAUGAAGGAGCUUGAGGUGGAGCCAAAAGCGAACAGCGUCUGUAUGGAUGAGCAGGAUGGCUAUGAUCCGCUUAGGGAGAGUGCGGUUAUACCUUGGCACCAUGACUCUUACCCGUACGUAGCGGUCCUGAUGCUCAGCGAUACUACACAUAUGACUGGGGGAGAAACCUAUAUUAGGAAGAAUGACGGAAGUACAGUAAAGGUCGAAGGACCUUCCCUGGGGCACUGCGUCAUACUACAAGGAGGCCAAGUCGAACAUCUGGCCGCGCGAGCCUUCGGAGCAACCGAGCGGAUCACAACUAUAACUUCAUACCGCGCAGCGAUACCCGGUCUCCACGACGAUAGCUAUCUGUCAAACGUGCGGCCAUAUUGUGAUCUCUCCGAACUAUACACCGAGUGGACCGGCUACCGGCUGGAGAAAAUGAAGCAGGAAAUCGAGCAUAUGCAGGCUACUAUCAUCCAGCACGUUGGGCGUGAUCGAGACGGUUUCCCAUUAGACGAGGUAUAUCACUUCGCUGAGCAGCAGACAUCGUACCUUAAGCGUACCGUCCGCCAGAUGGUAGACCGAACGUUGUGUGUAGAUGUUAGGCGACGUUUUGACGUUAGAGAGAUCAAUUCGGUCAAUGAGAAAUGGGCUCUUGUCCGUGCCCAUCCGCGAUUUAACGAUCUGCUUCCGGGUGUUAUGGCACAGACUUUGAUAUGGGGACCUGUUCGUCUGUAUCUGAGUGACUGGGAGGAGACUAAAUAUAUGAUCAGGAGUGGGAAUGCGUCCUUGGUUCAUAGUCAGCAAGGGACAUUCUCCUGGGAUCAAAACCGGGCUGACGAGUAUCUAUUCGGUGACGAACUUCUCCGACAAGGUCUCAAGGAGGUUCUGUUAGCUUGGUUGCAUCGCUUUGACUUGGUUACUCUUGGUAAUUAA